GAUUUAAUAAAGUCCGGGUUCAGGUCUCAGAUACCCCAGAGAAACCAGUACUAACGCUGCCCCCCAGUCUGACUGAAGGUACCCCUGCCCGUAUCACCUGCUCUGUGCGACACACCUGUACCCACAAUCCCCCUGUGCUCCUGUGGAACAAAGUCGGCUUUAAUAGAACAGAGCGGAACGAAAAACUUGAGGGAGGAGUCUGGAGAUUUGUACAUGAAAUGGAUUAUAUUCCCACCUAUCAGGAUCACGGCUCUCCCAUUGUAUGUGAAUCUAUAUAUCGCUCAGGGCAAGUCUCACAGGAAACAGCCAUCUUAGAUAUCACAUAUCCUCCCAAACAAGUUACAGUUACUAAACUCGAUGGAGAGAAGGAAAUAAAAGAAGGAGAAGAAGUGACUUUACAAUGUGCCAGCGAUGCCAACCCUCCCGCUAAUAACUAUACCUGGUACCGCAUUAAUAACGAAGGAGAGGAGGAGCUAAAGGAACACGGGGAGGAGAUAACUGUGACUGUAAACUGGGAGAAUAUGAGGUUUUCCUGCUCUGCAAGGAACUGGCUGGGAAAUAAUGAUUCUGCCAUAAUGGAUCUGCGCCUGUUCUGGAAUAUUUCAGGUGCCAUCAUCAUCAUCAUCCCUCUGCUCAUUGGUUCCCUGCUUCUAUCGCUAGUUUUGUUCUGUAUUUUAAGGAGAACAUCAUCAGAGGUCUGUGAAGCUACCUACACCGACUUAAGGCUGAGAGACUUAUCUGCAGAUUAUUCUGAAUUAAAGGGUGCCGAGAGUACAGACAGUCCCUACACCGCACUACAGAAGCCCAACACUGACACAUAUGAUGAAAUAAAGUGUGAGACCAGACUGGGGAAGGAUGAAGAGCUGAUAAAACAAAAGCCCCAAGGCAGCUAA